GGCUCGUUGCUGUCUCCAUUACAAUUUUCCCGCAACAAACAAUUGUGGAAGUCCGUAGUACCACGGCGGGACUUUUUUUUGCUGAGAAAAUGCCUAAACGCACUUGUCCUUUUCCGGAAACCUUCUCUUCCCAAUACAAAAUACAUGUUGGACAACAGGAGCUGAAUAAUUAUGGUGUGUUUGGCAACAAAUACAGGCAAGAAAUCUACGCAAAGACAAAGAACUUGCUUUUCAACGGUGCCAAAACUGUGGUGGGCAAAAUAUGGACUGGAGAGGAGAGAUGCACCGAUCCGCAGCCCACUGGACUUUUUGAGACACCUGCAUGCAGCCAGACACUGCUGAGAGGACAGACGCUGAUUGGACAUGAUGGGAGAUUGACAAGAGCAAACGCUGCACAAGGUGCACCAGGGGCUCCUACAGGCUGCUGUGUGUGUCACAAGAGCCAGGGGUCCAGGACACCAUGCUCCCAAUGUGACCGUCUAGCCUGUUCCUCCUGUACUCGACAGUGCUCCAGCUGCUCCAGCCUCUGCUGCUCUGUCUGCACCAUCAUAGAUUACAGCGGACAAUAUGAUGAAGUACUGUGCUGCAGUUGCUCGACGUAAAGAGACCAACGGAGUGAUCAGGAGUUUAUCCUGGAACAUAUGUAGUUGCCUCACAUGAUAUUACUAAGACUGCAUUUUAUACCUGUGAUUCUUUUUUUUUUUUUUUUUUUAAUGUAAUCCAAAUGUUUUCUUGUAAAUAUGUAUUGCAUUCCAAAAGUGACUGAAAUAAACUUAAACAAUUUUGUAUACAGUUAAA